AUGGACACAGGAACCGAGACAGGAAUGGACACCGGAACCGAGACAGGAAUGGACAUAGGAAUGGAGACAGGAACCGAGACAGGAACCGAGACAGGAAUGGAGACGGGAAUGGAGACAGGAACCGAGACAGGGAACGUGACAGAAACCGAGACAGGAACCGAGACAGGAAACGUGACAGAAACCGAGACAGGAACCGAGACAGGAAACGUGACAGAAACCGAGACAGGAACCGAGACAGGAAACGUGACAGAAACCGAGACAGGAAACGUGACAGAAACCGAGACAGGAAACGUGACAGAAACCGAGACAGGAAACGUGACAGAAACCGAGACAGGAAACGUGACAGAAACCGAGACAGGAACCGAGACAGGAAACGUGACAGAAACCGAGACAGGAACCGUGACAGAAACCGAGACAGGAAACGUGACAGAAACCGAGACAGGAACCGUGACAAAAACCGAGACAGGAAACGUGACAGAAACCGAGACAGGAACCGAGACAGGAAACGUGACAGAAACCGAGACAGGAACCGUGACAGAAACCGAGACAGGAAACGUGACAGAAACCGAGACAGGAACCGUGACAGAAACCGAGACAGGAAACGUGACAGAAACCGAGACAGGAACCGUGACAGAAACCAAGACAGGAAACGUGACAGAAACCGAGACAGGAACCGUGACAGAAACCAAGACAGGAAACGUGACAGAAACCGAGACAGGAACCGUGACAGAAACCGAGACAGGAAACGUGACAAACCGAGACAGGAAACACAGGAACCGAGACAGGAACCGAGACAGGAAACGUGACAGAAACCGAGUCAGGAACCGAGACAGGAACCGAGACAGGAAACGUGACAGAAACCGAGACAGGAACCGAGACAGGAAACUGACAGAAACCGAGACAGGAAACGUGACAGAAACCGAGACAGGAACCGUGACAGAAACCGAGACAGGAACCGAAACAGAAACCGAGACAGGAACCGUGACAGAAACCGAGACAGGAACCGUGACAGAAACCGAGACAGGAACCGUGACAGAAACCGAGACAGGAAACGUGACAGAAACCGAGACAGGAACCGUGACAGAAACCGGGACAGGAACCGUGACAGAAACCGAGACAGGAAACGUGACAGAAACCGAGACAGGAACCGAGACAGAAACCGAGACAGGAAACGUGACAGAAACCGAGACAGGAAACGUGACAGAAACCGAGACAGGAAACGUGACAGAAACCGAGACAGGAAACGUGACAGAAACCGAGACAGGAACCGAGACAGAAACCGAGACAGGAAACGUGACAGAAACCGAGACAGGAAACGUGACAGAAACCGAGACAGGAAACGUGACAGAAACCGAGACAGGAAACGUGACAGAAACCGAGACAGGAACCGAGACAGGAACCGAGACAGGAAACGUGACAGAAACCGAGACAGGAACCGAGACAGGAACCGAGACAGGAAACGUGACAGAAACCGAGACAGGAACCGAGACAGGAACCGAGACAGGAAACGUGACAGAAACCGAGACAGGAACCGAGACAGGAACCGAGACAGGAACCGAGACAGGAAACGUGACAGAAACCGAGACAGGAAACGUGACAGAAACCGAGACAGGAAACACAGGAACCGAGACAGGAACCGAGACAGGAACCGAGACAGGAACCGAGACAGGAAUGGAGACAGGAACCGAGACAGGAAUGGAGACAGGAAUGGAGACAGGAACCGAGACAGGAAUGGAGACAGGAACCGAGACAGGAAUGGAGACAGGAACCGAGACAGGAAUGGAGACAGGAACCGAGACAGGAAUGGAGACAGGAACCGAGACAGGAAUGGAGACAGGAACCGAGACAGGAAUGGAGACAGGAACCGAGACAGGAAUGGAGACAGGAACUGAGACAGGAAUGGAGACAGGAACCGAGACAGGAAUGGAAACAGGAACCGAGACAGGAACCGAGACAGGAAUGGAGACAUGA